AUGUGGGAAUCAGCAAAUACAACAGUUACAAAUGCGCCUGGUUAUACUUCUCAAUUAUCAUUUUAUGAAUAUCCACCACAUAAACCAUAUAUUAAUUCAAUUUAUCAACCAUUAAGACCAACACAUACAUUGUCAAAAACGGUUACUUUACCUGAAUCCAAUCGAGAUCAUUUAUUAACAGCAUUACAAUCUUUAUCAUUGAGAAUAAAAACGCUUGAAACUGAACGCGAGAGAGCUGAAUUAAACUUACGUGAAUUAACAGAUAAUAUACAUUGUCCUCGAAAUUCUCGUGGUGAUUCACAACGUACUCAUGAUAAACAACUUAAAGAAGCUGAAGAAAAUUUUCAUCAUCUUCGAGAUCAACACAAUGGCGUUCUUGACAUGAUGAAUGAAUGUCGACCUCGAAAAACUCGUUCAAAACGUAAAAAAAAACAAUCAUCUCCAGAUGAUCAUAGUUCUGAUACUGCAACAACAACAAAUUCUGAAGGACGACAUUUUCAUUUAAAUAUGAAUACAGUACCAUUUAUUCUUGGUAGAUCAACAGCACCAAGUCAUAAUGUUCAAUCAAAUGUACAAAAUGUGAUUGCUCUUUUAAAAAAUCAUAAUCAUCAAUUAUGUUUAUCAUCUAAAGAAUAUUCUGAACUUCUUCAUCCACAUGAAAAAAGUGAUUUACCUCCACAUUCAUAUCUUUAUCUUGAUCAUUAUAAUAAAUCAUCAUCAACACGGCCAUCAUCAGCUUCACCAGUUCGUGCUGUUCGUCGUCCAAUAGCAACAACAACAACAACAACAACAACAAGACGAUCAUGUUCAGCUUCCCGUCGACCACAAACUACAACGAUUUCUGAUAAACAAUGUUAUUCACGUUUGAAACAUCUUCGUCAUGAAUUUGCUACACUUGCACGUGAACAUAAACGAUUAAAUAAAUCACGAACAAAUACAAGAGAAUUAGAAAUAAUAAAUCGACGAAUGGAAAUUAUUCUUGAUGAAUUAGAACGUUUACAAAAACAAAUAAAAAUUUCAUUAAAACGAUCAUCAAUAAAAGAUCAAGAUAAACUAGAAAAAAAUGAUACACCAUUAGAAACAUUAAGAAAAACAAGAUUACUUCAAAUUCUUCUUGGUGAUCAAACAAAUAAACAACAAUAUCGAGGACGUUCUCAUCGAACAAGACAAAAUUCAAAUGACUAA